AUGGUCAAAGAAUCUAAAGGCAAGAAGUCUCUAGCCAAUGGAUCGGAAACCACCGACAACUCCAACUCAUGUAAAACUGAACCGAAUUAUAUGCGCCUGAGUGAGAUGAGACAAUGUAAAAGUCAGGAAUUGUUAGCCAAGUUGAUUCCAGUCGACAUUUCCUAUCUAAACGGCACAAAUAAUCCAUAUCUAAAUAAUGUGUAUGAUUCAUUGGCUAAUUCCGUGGAUAAUCCGCUUCCGAAAGAUGUCGAUCACUCAUAUGCUAACAGCAAAGAUAAUCCGUUUUCGAAAUAUACAGAUCAUUUAUACACUAACAGUAUAAAUAAUCCGCUUCCGAAAGAUGCAGAUCAUUCCUAUCUAAACAGCAUAAAUAAUCCAUCCAAUUCCAUGAAUAAUCCACUUUCGAAAUAA